UCUUUCCUUGUAGUGGAUCAAUAACUGCAUAGGAAGAAAAAAUUACAAAAGGUUCUUCAUCCUCAUGGUGUUUGCUCUUCUCUUGCUUAUUCUGCAGUGGGCUGUUGGGAUGCUUGUGCUGAUACUGUGUUUUGUUGAGAGAAGGAGAUUUUCUGCUGAAAUUGUUUCAAAGCUGGGUAGUAGCUUUUCCUUGGCACCCUUUAUCAUUGUGGUGGCUGUGUGCACUUUAUUAGCCAUGGUUGCUACUCUUCCAGUUGCACAACUUUUCUUCUUCCAUAUUCUUUUAAUAAAAAAGGGAAUCAGCACCUAUGAUUACAUUAUUGCUUUGAGGAAGCAAGAUCAGGAGCAGGAGCAACUUGCUGUUGGUGGGCAGCAAAGUCCGCAAAUGUCCCAAGUGAGCUCUUUUACUGGACUAAGCAGCACCAGUUCUUUCAAUCAAUUCCAUCGCGGUGCAUGGUGUACUCCGCCAAGAUUAUUCCUUGAGGAUCAGGUAUCAUACUUUCAUUAUUUAGAAAGUUAUUGUGAAUGUAAUUUACCAUGCACUUCAUUCAUUUCUCCUUAUUCAUCAUUAUCGUAUUUUUGA